AUGUUUUCAAACAGGCCGAAGAUCCAUGCUGUUCCACCGAGCACUCGCGUGCUUAUGGUGCUUGACUCCCGCCUGCGGAAGCCCACUUGUAGGUGCUGGCGGGCAGAUGUGGGCGCCCCAGUCCUCGUCCAAUUCAGGGUCACUGUCUCGAACUGUAAGCUGGUGGCUGCGGGCCGGAGAGCGCCGACAGCACGGCGCACCGACGGGACAUCAUACUUCGCCGCCUUCUGCCGGCUUGUGGACUCCCUCUGGCGUUCGGAGGUGUGGCUCGACAGACACGUCAAACCCCCGUUGAGCCAGCCCGCGCGCGACCUAUUUCACUACCGCGUCGUGACGCCGCACCCGGGCUCGGCUGGUGAGCCCUCAACCCUGGUCGACGUGAUGAUCCUGCUCACAGUUUGUGCAGCUGUUACAGCCAGGCCUGACGUCCUCGAUAUUAAGACCUCAUCGAAGCCAUGUGCGACGAAGGCAAAGACCUCCACAGUUGGAGUCUUGGAGGACAAAGUCGCUGCAAACAGACCAAAUGAUCCCGGUGUUCCAGUUGACCCAGAAGUGCCUCCAGAAGAAGAACCCAAAGUGCCGGACAUGGCUGACCUCAAAACAACGAUCCUACUGGCAGUGUUGGUAGUUGCUGCCGCCAAACCUAGUGUCUAUGAUGGAGUGCCCAGUCCGACACCGUGCGUGAGAAAUGCGAAGACGUCCGGAGUUGCAGACCCAGGAGAGAGACCUGCUGCAGGCAGACAAAACGAGCCCACCACACCAUCCAGUCCAGAGCUGCCUCCAGCAGGAAAACCCACAGUGUCAGUUCAGGUGCCACCCUUACCUGCUAACCCAGAGACAACAACGGCACUUCCUGUCCCCCUGACGCCAGCAACCCCUAAGAACGUGGAUACUUCCAGUGCCGACAAGCCCACAGUUGUGUCACCUGGAUCCUUACCCCUCGUCAACCUUCUACCCAGUAACCUGCCCAUCUUUCCGAGCACGUACUACCAUUCCAGUAUCACCACGAGUUCUCACUUUCCCUUCUACCAUGUACCUAGCAGUCUUCCUAAAGGCGAGGACGUGUGUUUUACUUUUGGCACAAAUGUACUCUGCUUCCCUUUCAGUGCUGGCUUCCCGUCCCCGUACUUUCCUCUCAGUUCUGUUGCUAUGAGACCCCAGCAGGGUUUUCCAGCAACAGACCCAGUCACCAGUCUCUCCACUGCUGGCACCUCCUUUGGCAACGUGAUGAACACUGCCCAAGGUUCUCUUGUGACUGGUCGGCAUCCCGUGUAUGCAUUCGCUCCCGAAUAUUCCUCAGUCAACGAUCUUAGUAAGUCUUCAGCAUCCGGCAGAGAGAGGACUAUGGCUGAAGCUGCCGUCUCAGACGACGUCGCCGGCGUAGACCAAGGUUCUAGCACCGAGCCCGGACCUGCACCGCUGCCGCUCGGCCACCCCGCAGAUGGCGUCCCCUCUCCCACUACUGUUUUUGUCUCACCUGACAACGGCGGUUCCUUCGGCAACGUGAUGAAUACUGCCCAAGAGGCAGUUAUGGUUAAUCGGCCUUCCAUCUACGCCUUCGCUCCAGAAUAUCUGUCACUCAACGAUGUUCGUGAGGCUCCUGCAUCCAACACAGCGGGUAACACAGCCAAAGUGGGCGUCGACGCCUCUACCGCCGCUGCCACAGACGCCGCCGCAGACGCCGUCGAGUCCGUAAGCCGAGAAUCGAAUUCCGAGGCCAGACCUGUGUCUCUGCCACUUGGCCAGCCUGCAGACAGCCUCACGUCUCGCAUCGCACUACGGACUGCUCCUUUCAGCCUGUAUCCCAACACCAUGGAUUUCGGUGGUGUUCCCAUCGGCGCUAGAAUCGAGCAAGAUGCAGCAACAAGCAGCCAUUCACCAAACUUGAUCUACUUUGGCGGUGUUCCUGUGAUCCUGGGUGCAGUGCUCUCGCUUGCCGUCGCCAUUCCUGUCGACGCUCAAAUUGAGUGUGAAACAUCGGACGAAACAUCCCGCGCUGUCAGCCUGGAGGAUAAGGCAGCCGACAGUGCAGAAAGUAAACCUGCCGUACCAGUUAACCCCCAACACUCUGAACCAGUCAAUGCAGGACUGCCGGAAAUGACUGGCACUAAACCUUCUGACGAAUCCAUCCAAGUUACUGUACCUGGAAACAACCCACUUACCUCACUUCCUUUGACCAGUGCCGACAUCGUCUCCCUCUGCAGUAAGCUGUCCUACAACUUUCCUGGCAGCAGCCCUAACCCCUUCUAUAAUAGCAUCAACACUGAACAAGCUGCAGUCCUCCAAAACUGGCUCACCAGCUAUGCAGGUGUUCCACAACAGCUGCCGCUUGAUGAAGUGUAUAAGGUAAUAACCUUCGGUAAGCCAGGGAUGACAGCAGCCGCCAUGACUGAGAAGCCAGGUGUCGUCGAGGGUGGACCAACUGCAGUGCCAGCGACUUGGUCUCCAGAAACCAUUACCUUCGGGGGCGUCCCAGUCCGGCCAGGAGCGCAAGGUCCCGCAGGAGGACUCAGCUUUUAUCCAAACGCUUUUAGUUUUGCUGGUGUCCCUGUUAAAAUUGCAUUUCAAGCACAUUAA